GCAGUCUCUCUCUCUGCCUGGAAAGUGAAACCAAACACCGUUCGGGCAGGCUCUAAUGCUAAUGGAGCACUGAUCCUUCUGACCUGCCCUUCCCUCCGAAUUCUGGCUCCCCUGAAGUGUAUAAAAACCUUUGCCCCUUUCCUCUGCUUGCAUUUUCCUUGCAAGAGAUCAGCUUUGGGUGCAAACCUUUCACCCCAUCUCCUGCCUCUCCUACACGGCAGGUGUCACCUGACAUCUCCUCCCCAUCCAUUGACCGACAGUCCCAGCAGGUAGAAGACAUCUUGAGGAUCAUGGCCAGCGUUGAACCAACCGAGCUGGAGGUGGCCAUUGAGAAAAUUGUCUGUACCUUCUUCAUGUGCGCCAGCCGCGAGGGCAAAAAGGGCACACUGACGAUCAACGAAUUCAAGGAACUUGCCACCACGCAGCUCCCGAACCUCAUGAAGGAUGUGGACCUUGAAGAGAAGAUGAGGAGCUUGGAUGUCAACAACGACGAGGAGCUGAAAUUCAACGAGUUUUGGAGGCUCGUUGGGGAGCUGGCCAAGGACAUCAAGAGGGAGAAAGCGGGGAAAAAGAAGUGAGCAGGGUGUGUGGGUUUGUGUGUGUGUGUGUGUGUGUGCAGGCAAGACAGAUGGGUGCAAACAGGAUGCUGAGUCCCCAGGUCACGGGGGGACAAGGAAGUGGGCCGCAGAUGAUGCUGAAAUUAAAAUCUCGUUGCCCAACAGUUGCAAAUAAAAAUCUUUGCUCCGA